CAGGGAAAACUGAUCGCAGAAGCAAAGGGAAACUGCCAACUUCAAACUGUCACUUGUACAUCAUGUAAACACGCAGUUUUAUUUGCCACCCAGCAGCAAUUUCCAUCCAGAAGUCCAGUCUGUCAUUAUAUCUCGUGACUGAACCAGGCAGAAAAUUCCCUGAACGUAUGACGAUGAAUAUUGCUUGCCACGUAUUAAAUCAUGGGAGCUAAGUCUCCCCUCCCAGCUGAGCUGAGAGAAGUAGGAGCUGCGAGCAAAGCAAACGCCAACAGUCUAUCGUGUGAAUUGUGUAAACAUUGAAGUAAUCCUUCGCAAGGUGGCUACGUGCCGCGUCACUGCGUCAAUAAAAUUAUAGCCACAGUCUCGCGAGAUGAGACAUGACGUAGGGAUUAGCUGUGCGGCUGGAGCCAAGGAGCUGGGUAUUAACUGCGUUGCGGGACGUUUAAGAAGCGAACCUGGACAGUGGGCUGUGUUGAUAAAAUUGAGGCUGUCCCACGGAAAGCGGAACAGUUGAGCGAUUCAGGCAUCGCAGUUCAUGGGAGCCAUCUGCAGUAAUAUCUCCGGAAUGCGAUCGGCUCUUCAGCAAUCUAACUGACUUUUUCAUGCGCCGACAAUGGUGAUCUCAUUCCGAAGCGGCUGAAGAUGGUGCUCCGAUGCCUUGACCUGCACCGAAGGAUUUGAAAUUAGAAAUGCUGCUGUGUCACAGAAACUUGAGCUGAAGCUUUCUUCUAACAGACCACUUGUCCUGCAACCAGUUCAUUUUCCUGAGCUAGAACGCUAUAAGAUAAGUCUACAAAUGUCUCCUACGAGGCUAAAGUGUGACCUUUUCUUCUCCUUUCCAUAAGCAUACAUAAGAUGAGCUCUACUACAGACAGAGAUGACGGUAGUAUUUUUGAUGAACUGGUGGAUGAAGAUGACAAGGAUAAAGCAAAGAGAGCGUCUCGGAACAAAUCGGAGAAAAGGAGAAGAGAUCAGUUCAAUAUUCUCAUUAAGGAGCUUGGAUCUAUGUUGCCAGGCAAUGCCCGAAGGAUGGACAAAUCCACAGUGCUGCACAAAAGCAUUGACUACCUACGGAAGCAUAAAGAAAUCAGUGCACAGUCGGAUGCUAGUGAAAUACGACAAGACUGGAAACCUACGUUCCUUAGUAAUGAGGAAUUCACUCAGCUCAUGCUGGAGGCGCUGGAUGGAUUUUUCCUGGCAGUUAUGACAGAUGGAAAUAUAAUAUAUGUAUCUGAAAGCGUGACCUCCUUACUUGAACACUUACCAUCUGAUCUUGUUGAUCAGAGUAUAUUUAACUUUGUCCCCGAGGGGGAACAUUCAGAAGUGUAUAAAAUUCUGUCUACUCGGAUGUUGGAAAGUGGUUCUUUGUCAUCAGAGUAUCUUAAAACACAAAAUGAACUUGAAUUCUGUUGCCACAUGUUGAGAGGCACAGCUGACCCCAAAGAGCCAUCUACCUACGAAUUUGUAAAGUUUAUUGGAAAUUUCAAGUCUUUAAGUAACGUGUCCAGCUCUACACACAAUGGUUUUGAUGGUGCAUUACAGAGGUCUCUGCGGCCACCCUAUGUAGAGAGAGUGUGCUUUGUAGCAACUGUAAGGCUAGCUACUCCACAGUUCAUUAAGGAAAUGUGCACUGUUGAGGAAUUCAAUGAAGAAUUCACAUCAAGGCACAGUCUGGAAUGGAAGUUUCUUUUCUUGGACCAUAGGGCCCCUCCAAUAAUUGGAUAUUUGCCUUUUGAGGUGCUAGGGACUUCUGGCUAUGAUUAUUAUCAUGUGGAUGACCUGGAAAACCUUGCAAAAUGCCAUGAACACUUAAUGCAGUAUGGGAAAGGAAAGUCAUGCUAUUAUAGGUUCCUGACAAAAGGACAACAGUGGAUAUGGCUGCAGACGAGAUACUAUAUCACCUACCAUCAGUGGAAUUCCAGGCCGGAGUUUAUAGUUUGUACACAUACUGUAGUAAGCUAUGCUGAGGUUGGAGCAGAGAGGAGACGUGAGCGAGGCACUGAAGAUUCCCCUCCGGCCAUAACUGCAGAUAAAAAUCAGGACUCUGUCUCAGACAAUCACAUGAACACAGUCAGUCUGAAGGAAGCUUUGGAAAGAUUUGAUGACAGCCGAACCCCCUCGCCAUCAUCCAAAAGCUCAAUAAAAUCAUCUUCUCACACAGCUGUGUCUGACCCAUCAUCAACACCAACGAAGAUCCCAACAGAUACAAGCACGCCUCCCAGACUAGCUUUAACUGGCCUUGACAAGAGGAGGUCAUCAAUCAGCAGCCAGUCUAUGAGCUCUCAGUCAGCCAGCCAGCCAUUGUCGCAGUCCGUGAUGAAGCAAACGGCAUCUAUGCAGCUCCAGCCAGGAAUAACGCAGCCCAUGUUUCAGUUCACAGCUCAGUUUGGGGCUAUGAAGCACCUGAAGGACCAGCUGGAGCAGAGAACUCGGAUCAUUGAGGAAAAUAUCCAGCGGCAGCAGGAGGAGCUGCGUAAGAUUCAGGAGCAGUUGCACAUGGUCCAUGGACAGGGAAUCCAGAUGUUCCUACCGCAACCAGGACCAGGGCUUAAUUUUGGGCCGGUGCAAGUCUCUUCGGGAAAUAGCCCAAACAUACAGCAGUUACCGCAGCUCGCCAUGCAAGGCCAAGUGGUUCAAACUAACCAACUGCAAGGUGGCAUGAACACUGGGCACGUGGGAGCUCCGCACAUAAUGCAGCAACAACAGUUACAGAAUACAAGCCAGCAAGGCCAGCAGAACCUUCACGGAGGCCACAACCAGCAGACGUCCCUGUCUGGCCAGACAUCGAGCUCUCUCACUAGUCCUUUGUACAACACUAUGGUGAUCUCCCAGCCUCCCUCUACUAAUAUGCUACAGAUGCCUUCCAACAUCCAGCAGAGCAACCAGGGAGCCUCUGUCACUACAUUUCCUCAGGACGGGCAGAUAAGGUUUUCUCAAGCUCAGCAAAUUGUCACUAAGCUGGUGACCACUCCUGUGGCUUGUGGAGCAGUUAUGGUCCCAAGCACAAUGUUUAUGGGCCCAGUGGUUACUGCCUACCCUACAUUUGCUACACAGCAGCAACCCCAGACCUUCUCCAUCAGUCAGCAGCAGCAGCAACACAAUCAGCAAGAGCAACAGACAGUGCCUACAGUACAGCAGCCUGUGCAAGCACAAUUAGCCCAACAGCCACAGCAGUUUUUGCAGACCUCUAGGUUGGUUCAUGGAAACCAGUCCACACAGCUCAUCCUUUCCCCUUUCCCUGUGCAACAGAACACUUUUGCCCCAUCAUCACAGCAGCAGCACUUAUCCCAUCACAGGACUGACAAUAUGAGUGACCCUUCCAAGGUGCAGCAACAGUAGUGCCACUAUGAGUCCCGUUAUGCUGCUGUCGGAAACUGGGACGUCCCUAUGGAGUUUAUAAUCACUAUGGAUACAGCACAAUGAAUGUUUGGUACGAGGCAGCAGAGCUUGCUGAGAUCAGCCCCAGCAGGAACGUUGCACAUGCGAUGCUCUUCUGCACUACACACUUGUUACAUGCAGAACUAGACCUGCGAUGCUCUACACAGUCUGGUACUGGAGAUGCCUUCAACAACCACUAGGGCAGCCCAGAAAAUGCUGAUAUUGUUUGAGUACCGGUUAGAUUUUUGCCCCUUUGCUGAGGGAUAUAAAGCUGUCCCUCCAUUCAGCAGGCCUGAUACCCGCGGGGGCUGCAGGUUUACCCGGGACAGGCGGGUUCGGGCCGACCUCGCACGUUCCUUUCCCGGAACACAGACUGCUCUCCCCUCCCGCGACCUUACAAAUGCCGGCUUCUGACUUCCCAGUUGAGCUUCUAUAGACGCGAGCCUCUCGCCCUUUUGUGACGUCAUUGACAGGUCUAUAAGACGAACCUGGAAGUCGGGCUCGGGCACGAAAAGCCUGACCCUCACAUCACUACUGUCCACAAUGACAUAUUAAUAGUUAAUUUAAAGGUGAACAACCCAUUACUGUGUUUCCCCAUCACUGUGUAAAUGUUGUUGCUGACUGUGCCUAUGGGCCCUUUAAUUCUCAAACCAUUGCAGGCAUCUUCAGAACUGGAUGAAGUAAAUAUCAUGUCAACUUGGUUUUCCCCCGCAGACUGUGGAAAUUUGGUUUCAGAAACGAGACAGAAUAUCACUAUUUUUUUUUUUAAUGACGUAACACUAUUUUGAGGAUGUUGGAAAUCAAUAUAAAUGAAUAUAUUGUACAGCCGGUGUAAAAUAUUCUGUAAAUAUAUAAAUAUAUGGAUAAUAUAAGGAAAAUGAAUUUUAUAUGAUGCAUGGCUGUAGGCGUUAAUGUUUCUAUUAAUCACCCGGUUUCUGAAACACCCCCCCCCCCCAACUUCUUUUUUUUAAAUACUUUGUUUACAGUUUUGUUGCUGUUUCUGUGUGUUCUUUCAUUGGUUGAUGGAAUCAUGUUGUGGGGGGGAAUUAUUGGUUCAUUUCUGAAUAAGUUCAAAGUGUGGGAGAUGAUGGUCGUUCAUCUAUCCAUCCUUAUUUGAUCCCCGUUGUUUUAUAUGUUGGCAUUUGCACUUUUCUGCAGAUGGUUUUAAAGAAAAAGAAACUCUUACCUCUCAAAGCUUUGUCUAUUUAUGUCCAAAAUGUUAAGCUAAAAAAAAAACUACUUAUUGGAAGUUCCGUUCUAGGAGUGUUUUUUACAAAAUGAUAUACAAAUAUAUAUAUAUAUAUAGUGUAUUUUUACCAUAUGUACGUGUUGUCGGAUCGGUGGAAAGGAAAGUGAUUUGCUCUCACAAAGUGUCUCCUUUUGCAGUGAAUCCUCACAAGUUUGCUGGAGUCCUGCAGCGCCGCUGGGGCUCCCUGUUGUUGGGCUACUCAUUGAGCUUUACACCUCAGUACUAAUGAAGUGCUUAUUGAAGAGGAACUGUCAUUGCUAUAAAAUGCACCCAAACUGUAGUGGAUGUUCAAUAAAAUCUCUUCCACAAACCA